UAUGUAUCCACCCGGUACAGUUCUGAAUCGCGAGGUGGUGCAGGAUUACAAGCUGCCAGAAUAUGACUGUCUCUUGGAGAAAGGAACUAAGGUGAUUAUUCCAGUCAUGGGACUCCAUUAUGACAGGAAGUACUUUCGAAACCCCAAGGAAUUCGACCCGGAGCACUUUUCCGUGGAGCAGAAGGCAUCCAGGCAUCCCUAUAGCUAUCUGCCUUUUGGCCAAGGGCCACGCAUAUGCAUCGGCAUGCGUUUCGGGUUGAUGCAGGUAAAGACGGCGAUAGUACAUCUGCUGUCAAUAUUUGACAUUCUGCCCGUCGGAGACAAGCAGUCGAAGCUACGCAUGGCUCCAAACACCGUAGCGCUGACACCAGUCGGCGGAAUCCACCUGAGGUUGGAGCGGCGGCAAGUCCCUGCGUGCUGAAGAUCUCCAGCUGCUGUGAGCAGUUCUGCAGGAACGU